CUCAUCCAAAGUGUCACAUGACUUCAGUAAAAGCAGGCUCGCAAUGAGAAGAAGCGUCUUUUCCCUGUACCAAAAUUUACUAAUGGCAGUGUUAUCCAGGUAGCACGAUAGGCUGAGCUCAUAAGAAGCAUGACGCUCCAACCUUCUCGCACAUCGGUGUUCACCUUUCAGUCUGCAGUGCACAGCGCCCAUGUUCUGCAGUGUCUGAAUGAGCAGAGGCAGCACGACAUCCUGUGUGAUGUGACGGUGGUGGUGGAAGACAGGUGUUUCCGUGCUCAUUGCUCUGUCUUGGCUUCUUGCAGCGAGUACUUUAAUACCAGGCUUACCAGUGCCACCACACAGAAUCCCAUCAUCACCUUGCCACAUGAGGUGACCGUGCAGGGGUUUGAACCUUUGCUUCAAUUUGCCUACACAUCCAAGCUCCUCUUUACCAAAGAAAACAUUCACGCUAUUCACAGCAGUGCUGAGUUUUUAGGAUUUCGCAACUUGGAGUCAACAUGCUUUGAUUUCCUCAUCCCAAAGUUUUCCGAGAGCAAAAAAAACUCACAAGAGGUCAAGCAAAGAGCCUGCUGCCAGAGCCGGGAUCCCAGUGUGAGUUUUGGCCCCCGUGUAGAGAGUAGCCAACCAGAAUCAUUUGAGUCACACAGCUCAGUGCCUUCAGGAGGUGAUGAACAAACAGACUUCUCGUCACAGGGUCCGACAAACAGCAGGGAGGAACACUUCUGUUUGGACAACUGUGGACCACAAAUGGCCCCCUUAUCUCUGGAGUUAACAGGAACUGGCAUGUGCCCCAUGUUGGCUUUGCCUUGCCCACACUCUGACAAGGCAGAAGAUCCCUCUCAGUUUUGCGAAAGAGACAUUUUAGAGAUGGGAGACGUGUGUAAUCAAAGUGAGAUGAGUUUGGCAGACUGCAGCUUAUCCUGUGAGCUGUCAACCUCAGGGGAUGCGAAUCCACCAGAACUCAUUGAGCCAGCAGGCAGAGAAAUUAAACAAACUGUUGAGAUGCCUGAUGCAGACACCAAUUGUAACCCUAGCUCAUGUCCACUUGAGGCUUCAGGGGCAGAAGAUUCCGGUACUUUAUUAAAGCAGAGCGAGGCUUGCUUUGAACAGGAAAUGACGGGGGAUCUUUCAGACUCAAACACACUGACUCCUCUGAGCCAUGAAGAUAAAUAUGGAGAGAGAAGUCGUGUGGAGCGAGAGGUGGCCGAACAUCUGGCCAAGGGGUUCUGGCCUGACCUGUGCCCGUCUCAGGUUCCACCACUUCCUCUGGAUCCAGUAGAACAAAAUAAUCUGGCAAGGGCAUCUGACUUUCACUGGCUUAAGCAGCUGGAUCUGACCGCCAGCGUAGGAGACUGUCCCUUCCUCAGGGAUCUUGGAACAGAUGAUGCGGCUGCGCACACCGACAGCUUGUCUCAGGCAGAGAGGAGUCCAUACAUGUCCUCCUCGCUAAACUCUGCCGACGACUCAGACCUGGACACCGAUGGCGAUACUGAGGCCAACAACAAAAGAGCAGCAGAGGUUCAGCUUCCAUUCCCAGUGAAGGAAAUCUCAACAGUGAGCCGGAGUGCAUUUCAGAAGCUUCUGAAGAAGUAUACCCUAACUCAGGAGCAGCUGGACUUCGUCCAUGAUGCCCGUCGACGAAGUAAAAACCGCGUGGCUGCACAGCGGUGCCGAAAGAGAAAACUGGAUAGCAUACACCAGCUGGAAUGUGAAAUCGAAGGAUUAGAAAGCGAGAAAGAGCGGCUGCUGCAGGAGCAGACAGAACUAAAGCGAAAUCUCGAGGAAAUGCAGCAGAGCAUUUGCGGCUUGUGUAAAAGCGCCGAAUUUGGCUCCGAUCAGGACCAGUUGAAGAUCCUUGCCAGGUUCUCCUCGCCAGACUUUCCCAUCUCCUCUCCCAGCCUUGUCCCGGCCACUGAAAUGGUAAGUUCGGAGUUUGAGCAGAGGGGACAAACUGUACGGUCAGUUCAAAUCGCUGAGCCGCAGGCCGGCGCCGAGGACACGAGCUGCCCGGUUCCCGCAUCUUUGAUCAGCGCCUGUCUGGACAUGAACAGCAGUUUAUAGGAACUAGACCUAAACGCCAUUGUCACUUCUAAUUAUGCAGGCCCAGAGGUCAAAGGGUCAAACUGGGUUCUGUACUGUAAUCCUCUUUUGGGAUAGAGAUGCUUUCCUGUGUGUUUCACUGAGUAAUCGUCUCCCUGAUGGAAGCAUCUUAAGCUGACAGAGACUUGUCAGCCAUUUCCUUUGCUGUACUUCUAAUCUGCAUUUCACUGUAGUAAAAGCAUUAUCCAGUAUUCAGUGUUUUGAAGGUGCAGGUAGUUUUCAGGUAAUUCCUAAAAGUUUCCAUUUGAAAAUUAAGGGGGAAGUUUCUUAAAAGUAAGUUUGCUUUUCUCAGGGAAACUCAUAACCUGACCGUGUUUCUCUGCACACCCACACAGGAGAGUUUUCAAAUCACGCUAAUGAGUCUGUUGUUGUAAUUGUAACACGUACUGUAUUAAUAUUUGCAUCUAUGCUGUUUCUUUGAUUAAGUAUGCAUAGAACUAACUGAACCUUUCAUAACAGACUGUAAGAAAUUUUCACAGCUAGUGUAACUUUUCAACAGAAUUAUUUGAAUACUAAUUUUUGCAAUUUUUUGUCAACCUUUCCUGAAAUUAUAGACUCUAAUAUGUCUGAAGCUGUUACGAGGGUACAUAAGGAAUUAUUUCAUUUUAUGCAAAAUGUGCCUUAAGCAGUUGUGUAAUAUGAAUUCAGAAAAAUAACGGCAUUUUUGUAUAUGCUUGUUUCAAGCACUGUUGCACAUUAACCCAGAGCUAAUACCGAUGGCAUUGUCGUACUUUUAACUCUGUCUGCAUGAUGAGUAUUUUUAUUAAAUGCUUUUAUGGAUUACAGAUUUAA